GACGCAUUAUUUGUGAGUCAACAGUCGAACGUGUUUGAUCGCAUUAGCCGAACGUCACAUUUGAAAACGAUAAAUUCAAUCAUUUCAUUUCUGAACCGAUUAAUUUGGAUUUCAUUCUAAAUCAAAGUCAAAACGAUUAAUUCCAUCGGAAAAUGGAUUUUAACACCGAUCGCUUUGCUCCGAAAGUGAUUGCUGCCGGAAAAUCGGAAUGCAUUUGUGAGCGCCCACGAACACAUUUGAUUUGCAUCACUUGUCACCGGGUUCUGUUUGGUCGAGUGCACAAAAAAUGCCAAAAACACCCAUCGUUGAUUUAUUUGCUCGAUUUGGAUAAUUGUUCAUGCGGCGGUCGUUUGAUUGAAAAACUCAGCGAGGCAAGCAAUGGACGCAAAUCACCAUCACGUUAAUGGAUAAUCAUCACACAAAAAAUUCCAUGAACACAGCACAUUGUGUUGAAAUGUACGUUUAAACCAAAGCGUUCACUUAGAGAGUGCGCUCGUAUACGCAGUUAUAGUAAUUUUAAGACGAAAUAAGACAAUGUGAACGCGUUCACAUUCACACUUGAACAGGCAUAACACUGUGUAUAAACUGUCAAACAGUAUCGAAAUAUAUACGAAUUUUCUUAAAGUUUUAACACACACAGCUAUAAUAUUGGUGUUUGUUUUCAUUUUUGUUGGUUCCUUUUUAUAUUUUCUGUAUCAUUCGAUCGGACGAAUCGUCUUUGUAGUUAAUUAUUGCAUUUUCUUAUCUUGUGAAAAAAAAAAUUGAGUCCAUUCUGUUUUGUUGUACCAAGGAUAUUUGUAAAUAGUUUCGCCAUUAGUCAUGGAUAUAAAUGAUUGUGAGUAUGACAUGCUUGAUCUGUUGGCAUACAACUGCAAUCAGCUCACCGUGCAGCUGAGAGAAUCGAAGAAUGCCGAUGAACAGGAGAAAAUACUCGAUGCAUAUUUGAAGAAGAUCGAUAAAGAAUUUGAGCCGAUCAAUGAAAUUCCCGAAGGUCUUGAAUGGUUUAACGUAACGGAGCCGCUAACACUGAACCGUGACCUCAAGGGAAAGGUGGUUAUAUUGGAUUUUUUCACGUAUUGUUGUAUCAAUUGUAUGCACAUUUUGCCCGAUUUGAAAAAGCUCGAACAGCGUUAUACGAUCGAAAAUGGUUUGCUGGUGAUUGGUGUGCAUAGCGCUAAAUUUGAUAAUGAAAAAGAUUCGGGCAACAUAUUGUCGGCCAUUCAACGUUACAACAUUACGCAUCCGGUGGUAAAUGAUUCGCUGUCAUCGCUCUGGAUGAAUUUGAAUAUAAAAUGUUGGCCAACAUUAUUGGUGCUUGGUCCGCGUGGCAAUCCCAUUUUUGUGCUGAUGGGAGAAGGGCACAGUCAACGGCUUGAUAAGUACACCAAGGCAGCAUUACAAUUUUAUGAAGCAAAAGCCGAACUGAAAACCCAUUCAAUUGCACUCAAUCCAGCGUCUAAACUGCUCAAAGCAUCGUUGCUCAAAUUUCCCGGUAAAAUUGCGACGCGACAAUUGAGAAAUGCAACAACAAGUGAUGAUGACUCGUCCGGUAGUAAAUUCAUUGGAUCUGAACUGUAUGCGGUGUCGGAUUCGGGUAACAAUCGUAUUUUAGUGUUUCAAGCGAAUGGGAAAAUUGUGGAAAAAAUCGGCGGCAAAGAAAUUGGCUUUGCUGAUGGCAAUUUCAAAGAAGCACGCUUCAAUUCACCACAAGGUGUGUCAUUUUAUGGCAACGACAUAAUUUAUGUGGCCGAUACGGAGAAUCAUGCAAUUCGUGAGAUUAAUUUGACAACGAAAACGGUUGAUACCAUUGCCGGGCAUGGAAAACAGGGAGUCGAUCAAUCCGGUGGUUUGAUUGGCACAUCGCAAGAGAUUUCAUCGCCAUGGGAUGUUCUUAAUUUCCGAACACGUGACAUGGACAUGAGUUUCCAUGCUGAUGGUGAAGCAAUUCCUGAACGUGACAUCAUUUUGAUUGCCAUGGCGGGAACGCAUCAAAUUUGGGCGAUUUUCAAAGAUGAAACCAUUUGGUGGAAAUUUAAGAAAUUUUCUGAAGGUUCAGUCGCUGCGAUUGCCGGCAACGGGCAUGAAGAAAACCGAAACAAUUCCUAUCCACAAAAUUCGGCAUUUGCACAACCAUCCGGUCUGGCGCUGGCGCCAAAAACUAAGGAAUUGUUCAUUGCUGAUAGUGAAAGUUCUUCCAUUCGCAAGCUUGUAUUAGCCGAUGGCAAAGUUCUGGCUGUGGCUGGUGGUGAUCGAAAUCCAUUGAAUUUGUUCGCCUUUGGUGAUGUCGAUGCAACUGGCAUUAAUGCCAAAUUCCAACAUCCACUCGGCGUUGCUUACGACGAAAAAGAGCAUUUACUUUAUGUGGCCGACACAUAUAAUCACAAGAUCAAAGUGAUUGAUUUGGCAACAAACAAGGUGUCAACGUGCAAUUUCAAGGAUUCCAAUGGCGAUGCAGUCGUAUUCAAUGAACCGGCUGGAUUAUGUUUGUCGCCAUGCGAUAGCCGUCUGUACAUUUGUAAUACGAACAAUCAUUCGAUAGACGUUGUAAACUUGAGUACCUCAACACUAGAACCAUUGAUAUUAUUCUUUGAUGAGCUCAAAGCCGAGAAUCAAUUAUCCACACUAACGACAUCCAAACUACUUGUGCACACGUCUGGUGCAAAAAUCACGUUGGAAUUUGUGCUAACGACCAAAACCGGUGUAAAAUUCACCGACGCCCCACAAAAAUGGCAACUAGACACAUUGAAUGUGAGAUGGCAAGCAUGCUCGGUGACAUCGGGCACGGUAUCGUUAAAACAAAACGAAACCGAUAGCAAAAAUACGAUUGGGGCAGCUACAGUCGAGCUACUGGCGCCAAAAUCGGCCGAAGGAAGCGCAAUCGGAAAUGAAUCAGUGAUAAUAAUAUUCAAAAUGAGCUUGUGUGCCGACGACAAAGGCAUUUGUUUCCCGAAAAACUUUAAGAUAUCCGUACCCAUUGAGUAUAGCGUUGACGGCACAACGGAAAUUAACAAAAAAACAAAAGUUACCAUCGACGAACAAAAGAUUGAAUUGGCAUGAACAAAAAAAACAUUUUUAUUUAAUUCACAAUUGUAUUUACAUAUUUACACAUUUUUUCUCAGUUUUCUUAACGCACUUUUUUUUUGUAAAUUCUUGUUCAUCGAAUGUGCUUCUAACCAAUUAUGGUACACUCAUACAGAAACUAAAAUUGUCGAGUUGUGCGUAUGUCGAAUUGAAUUUGUCUAUUCUCAAAAUUGACAUCGCACCCAUCGAACAAAAAAAAAACAACCGUUUUAUGAGAUAUUAUAAUAGAAGACACACACACACACACUCACACGAACAUUUUUGUUAUUAUGGUUUAGAUAUGUAAUUGUUUUUUUUGUAGACAUAUCAACUAGUUAUAUUGUACUGACACAAAUUUUUAAUAAUAAACACCUUUUUUGUACUUCGAAAAA